AUGUUGGAACACUCUUCUGAGCUGGCCCUAGUGCAGAGUUUGUAUGCCAACAGCAUGCGCUGUCCCCCCUCUGCGGCCGGGAUCUCUGUCAGGAAUGAGGACCUGCCUUUGAGUUUUGAAGAAGACGCCCCCUCCCUGCACCUGCUCCGCUUCGUCUUCUCUCCGUCUCGCAGGAGUUGAGUCUCUUGCGAGUGAGCGGACGUCGGUCCUCAUUGUUAGAUAGACGUUGUUUUGAGUAUGACUUCGACGUACAACCUGGAUUUCCACCCUUUGGCUGAAAGUCGGUUAAUGACUUCGACGGACACAAUCAACGGCAACGGCAGCAAGAUGAACGGGUCACUGGAGCACUUGGAUCAGCCAGAUCCAGACACCAUCAAGAUGUUCGUGGGACAGAUCCCUCGCUCCUGGUCAGAAACGGAGCUUAAAGAGCUGUUUGAGCCCUUUGGAGCUGUGCACCAGAUCAACAUCCUCCGAGAUCGUACCCAGAAUCCCCCUCAGAGCAAAGGAUGCUGUUUUGUAACUUUUUAUACAAGAAAAGCUGCACUGGAGGCCCAGAAUGCACUGCACAACAUAAAGACCUUAAGUGGGAUGCAUCAUCCUAUCCAGAUGAAACCCGCCGACAGUGAGAAAACAAGCGCGGUAGAAGACAGAAAGCUCUUCAUCGGAAUGGUUUCAAAGAAAUAUGGAGAGAACGAGGUCAGAAUGAUGUUCUCCUCUUUCGGGCAGAUCGAGGAGUGCCGAAUUCUCCGGGGACCAGAUGGUCAGAGCAGAGGCUGUGCGUUUGUCACAUUUGCUACCAGGGCAAUGGCACAGAAUGCAAUCAAAACCAUGCAUCACUCUCAGACUAUGGAGGGCUGCUCCUCACCUUUGGUGGUGAAGUUUGCUGACACGCAGAGAGAUAAGGAGCAGCGGCGCCUGCAGCAACAGCUAGUACAGCAGAUUCAGCAGCUCAACAGCGCCUCCACCUGGGGAAACCUGGCUGGCCUGGGAACCCUCACACCACAAUACCUGGCUUUGCUGCAACAGGCUACGUCUACCAGUAACCAAGGCAGUUUCAAUGGAAUUCAGAGGCUAGGAGGUGUGAAUCCUCUUCAGCUGCAGAAUCUGGCCACAUUAGCUGCUGCUGCUGCUGCAGCUCAGAGUUCAGGCAGCCCGAAUUCAACCAACGCCCUCUCUGCAAGCAGUGGAGCCUUGGGAGCUCUGGCCAGUCCAGCUGGUUCAACAACAGGGUCCAGUGCGGGUGCUGCCAUGAACACAUUGGCAUCUCUGGGCACCCUGCAGGGUCUCACUGGGACCUCUAUGGGCCUCAACAACCUCAACGCUCUCACCAGCAGCGUUAGUGGUAUGGGGGCCAUGAAUGGAGGCCUGGGAGCCUCCAUGGCCAACGGGUCAGCAGCUAGCUCUAUGGAUGCCCUGACCCAGGCCUACUCAGGGAUGCAGCAGUACACAGCCUCCGCCCUGCCCUCCCUCUAUGGCCAGUCGCUCCUGCAGCAAAGCAUAGCUGGCAGCCAGAAGGAAGUAGGGCCAGAGGGCGCCAACCUGUUCAUCUACCACCUGCCCCAGGAGUUUGGGGACCAGGAUCUUCUGCAGAUGUUCAUGCCUUUUGGAAAUGUGGUCUCUGCCAAAGUCUUCAUUGACAAACAGACCAAUCUGAGCAAGUGCUUUGGGUUCGUCAGCUAUGACAAUCCUGUGUCCGCACAAGCUGCCAUCCAGGCCAUGAACGGUUUCCAGAUCGGAAUGAAGAGGCUGAAGGUUCAGUUGAAGCGCUCCAAGAACGACAGCAAACCCUACUGAUCCUAGCCCCGGGGCCUUCCCCCUCCCCAGCUCUAAUGCUAGCACUGCUAGGGUAAGUUCACCCUCCAGCCAAGGUCACCACCGCAGAGACUCAAUGGGGCAGGGGGUAAGGAGCCCACCACAAGAGGGAGACUCAGCCUAUUCCUAAAAAACAAAACAAAUGGUUGCAAUGAUCUUUCCACACUUCACUGUAUUUCAUUCCUGCGGUUUUACCAUGUAAUUUGAGUCGGAUUAAAUAUUUUAAUGUAUGAUUAUUUAUGAUUAUCACUGGAGUCAGUGUUUGCUGGAGGUAUUUUGUGUCACUGUAUUUAGUGGAGAGCAUCAGGUGUGUUUCCAUACCAUUUCAUUGCCUUUAGGUCAAGCUAGAUGGGUUGACUAAGGAUCAGUUGUUGAAGGGCUGAAGCCAGGCCUUGUAGACCCCCGAGCCCAGACCUUCAACCUGCUUCGAACAUGUAGUCUGUUUCAUCCGUUUGUCAUUGUUGAUGUGAAAAUUGCACUCUAAAUUCUCUAGUUUCUGCUCCCUCCAUCUCUUCUUUCUGUCUCUUUCCUCCCUCUUGUCUUAUGAUCUAAGCCAUGUCGAGUGAGGCUACCUCUCUCCUUCUCUUUUAACCUCUUCCAGUCAUUCCAUCCAUCCUCCACGUCCCCCUUGAGGGACUGGUUCUAGAUGGAUCUUUAUGGGUGCCAAGUAUAGUUUGUGCAUGUCAGAGUCUCUGCCAUACGUCCUGGUGGUGUCACUUUUCUUAAAUCUGUGUAUUGUUUUGUGUGUUGGGAGGGGCGGGGGGAUAUGUUUACGCACUGUCUUUACUGUACGUGGUGACUGUUUUUGUUGGUUUUGUGCCUCAUGGCUAAAUGGUACUUGUGCUGUGCCCCUAACUUUCUCUUCUCUCCUCUUUGUCUUCUCUCUUUCCUUUCGUGUUUUUGUUCCUUUCUAGAACAAAUCUCCAUGCCUGUUUGCUCAUCAUUAGCCUAGCAUGUCUUCAUGAUGUUGAAAGCCAAGCCAAACUCCUGGCCUCAUCAUCCCACCAUUGUCUGUGAUGUCUCUCUAAGCUCGCCUGACCAAUACCUGGCCACCCACUGACCCUUGACCUUAGCUCAACCUGAUUUUUCUGCAUGUGUGUUCAUUUUUUUUCUGUAUAGAAAUGUGACAGGUGGGAGAGAGGUCAAGCAAAUCAAUGUGAAAACUUACCUAUGUUCAAUUCAUUUAGAAGACCUUUUUUUUUUUUUUUUGCUAUUUUUUUCCUUUUUGCGAAUGUUUUAAAAACCUGUGGGAUUUCUUAUUUUUAAUUUUCUUUGUUUUUUAUGUUGCUUUCUCUUUACCUCUCUCAGUAAAGUUCACUUGAAAGUUGAAUACAGGGAUUGGCACACAGCUGUGCUAUUUGGUGCCAUUAGCAAUAUGUUGGCUUCUUUAGAAAAAAAAAAAAAACAUGCUACAGACCACUUUCCAACACUUUUGAAAGUCUGACCAGUAAAACCCCUCUCAGUGCUCUGUAAUGAUCUCUACAUUUUGCGGCAGUGUGAAAAUUUUCACCAAGGCUAAAUAUAUUUUCUUUUUAUUUACAAAUCCAGUGUAUUUACCUUCUUUGGAAAUAUUGAUGGCACAAUAAAAGGUACAUUUGCUCUAUUUAGAGAAAUGACACCUACAUGAGUCAACUUUUUUAGAACUGAUUCACAAAUAGACAAUCUGUGGUUUAAAUGCACACUUAGAUUACCUAUAUUUUAUACCAUUGAAACUAUAGAAGUUUAACUAACAGAACCCAGGCAAAACUUUGGGUUUUUUGUAGAUUAUGUUGUAAUGUCAUCUGUGUGUGGGGGAGGGAGGGGGGGGUCUUCAGUGUAUUACAUUUUUAAGAGGACUAAAAAUCAGUCUGAUCAGUAUGACCUUUUUAGGGUCAUUUCUCGUAAAUUACAAACUUUAAAAUUCUCUGCAUUAAUUGUAAUUUCAACUUCUAGGAUUUUUUUUCUUUUUAAAGGGUCACAUUCUAUGUUUGUUGGCAAUUUUUUUCCCCUUGCGUCAAAGAAAAAAAACUUCCAUGGUACUUUUUUUUUGUUGUUGUGGUUGACUUUCUGUAAAUUUCUCAUUAAUAAUUUAAUUCAUGGAUGUUUCACUUUGGUUUAGUUUGGAUACAUAAUGUUUAAAGAUGAUUUACAAUGUCUGUUAAUCAUACAGAUGCCAGACAAUGUCUUUAUUUUCUUGUUAAGUGCCCACGUGUCAAACUCAGUGUUUUGAAGUCACACAUCCUUUUUCCUGUAAUAUUACCUAGUUUUCUUUACACACACAUGCAUGCACAUUGAGACGCAAAACACACUCUCUCCGAUUGCAAAUGUGGGAGCCCCUGAAGAAGAGAUCGCUCGGACACAACACACGACCUGUAGGUCUCUGCACAUUUUCUAGACACACUUGCUUUUUUUUGUGUUUUUAUUCUUAUAAGUGACUUCCAGUAUCAUGUUUCACAAUGCACAGCACGUUGAUACUACUAAACCCAUCACAAUAGUGUUGGUUUACAAAUACAUUCCAUUUUUUCAGCACAAGUUUACACUUUUUUUAAAAUCGAAGUGGUGUAUUUUUGUCUGUUGUGCAAGUCAAGGCAACCCUGGUAAAUAACCACUUCACCCCCCAAUGAAGGGUUCCCUAAAACUGCAUACCUGAUGGCGCUAAAGAGUUGUCAACUCAGGGGUUUCUUUGUGUGAAAGUAGAUCACACGGGGUUACGACACAAAAUGCACAAUUGUCACCAUUUGACCUUUUGGGUUUGGAUUUUUUUUUUUGUUCUCAAAAUAUAUAAAUACUCCAAAAAAAAGGUACCAAAUUAGAAUCAGUGCUUGAGGAGGUGUUGUAGUUUUGUAAAGAAACGUUAAGCACAAUUUCGGGCGCUAAUCACUUUUACAGAAUGUUGUGUGUGUGGUUAUAUCCCAAAAACACUUUCAAGGUACCACCAAUUUCACUUUUUAAUGUGGGCAUGUGCUUUUUACAGUGUGUUUUUUCUAUCCAAAUGCAAUACAAUAUUAAAAGUGCCAUAUACGUCUAGAAACUGCCUACACAUCCUAUUAGGCCUUGGUUAGAGAUUGCUGCACUUCGCCUUUUUGUCUAUUUAUGCCAGUGUCAUGAAGCUCUUGUCACCUGCUAAUGUCCCCCCUCCCCUCCACUCUGUGUUCAGUUAUUGGUAAAUGUAUAUUGUGAUGUACUCGAUUUCAGCAGCUGAUUUUAGAAAAAAAUUGCAGAUAAACAAUAAACGUCAGUCUACGUUUGAAGGUUAACCCUCUUUCUUAGUGAGUGUGAAACAUGUACUGUAACACUUUGCUAUACAAACCACAAUGUGCAGAACCGACAAGCGAUCGGAGGGUGCAUAUGGGUGAUUAAAAACAAACGGUAUGGAUGGUGAAAUUGUCAAAACACUGAAAUGGUCGCAGGUCUGUGGCUUUAUGCAGAGUAUGGUGAAGUGUUACUGUGAAUGAUUUCUAAAAAGCACAAUGUACAGUCCACAGUGGUCCCUCCCAACAGGAACUCGACUCGCUUCAGGGGCUUCCAUCACAAAUCCAGUUCAGCUCUAACAAUCACUUUCUUUCUUCUUUCAUUCUGAAGUGCUAUAUAUUUUUUGACAGUGUGGUAGCUUUGCAUCUCUAGAUAUUGUCUUGAUCCAAAAGAAAAGAGGGAAAAAAUCUUUUCCUGUGUUAUUUUCUUGUCUGAUAAUUGAUAGGACUUUAUGUUCCACCAAUAAUUUAAUAGAUAUUUUUGUCUUGUUUUGAUGAAAGCCAAAGUGGGUGCAUCUUGAUGUGAUCUGUAAACAUAAAGUAGUUUUUUCUGUUAAAGUCAGUAUCAGUUUUUUGAAACAGGGUGGGAUUUGAAAAAGAGGAAAAAAAUGACAUACACAGGCUUUUCAAUUUCUACAACUGGUUGUUCAUAUGUAUUUUGUACCAGUGAAGCUUUUUAUAUUGGAAAUUAAAGGAAAAAAAAAUCUAUAUUGGAAAAAAAUUGUCUGGCCUCUCAAUGUGGCCUCGCCUUGACCAGGUCUUGAGUUUGGCCUCCUUGGUGGUGUCAAGCAAUUUUUUUGUCACUAGUUUGUGUCUUGAAAAGAUGCCUGAUUUUGAUUUUACUUGGAUCUCUAUACAUGUUCAUUUCGUUGCUCAGUUUCAGUUUUUGGGGCGGGUGGUUUGGGAUCCUCUAAAUCGUGGUAAGUUUCAUGUUAGUAUUUGUGCUGUCCACAUAGUUUAAUGGUCAUCAGGAUUUUGACAACUUGUGUGGAUAAUUGUCUUAGUUAAAGAGUUAACUGUUUAGUUUGAGCCUUGCUUUUUACCUGUGUAGAGUUUUCUGUUUUCCCAUAGCGGAGUGUGUAGCCGAAAGACUGUGUUCUUUUUUGGUCAAUGUUUGUUCAUGUGUGGUGUGUUUCUUUGCCUCUGUCUCCAAAUUAAACCAUUUCCCCUAA